UCCGGGCAGAGCUGUGCCUAGGCACCCCGGUCAGAGCUGUGCCCAGGCUCCCCGGUCAGAGCGGUGUCGGGGCGCACAGCAUGCUUCCCAUAGAAGAGGUGGAUGCCGGCCGGGGACGGGUGAGAAGCCGCUCUCUGCUGUAGAAGAAGCCGACAUUUGUCUGCACUGGGCACUACUAUGGGCUUACUAGCAGCUUACUUGGUGAUCGCCGUGCUGACCUGGGGCAGUGCCAGGGCUCAGGGGGAGUACUGUCACGGCUGGGUGGACGCUGCCGGUAAUUACCAGGCGGGAUUCCAGUGUCCGGAGGACUUCGAUACGGUGGAUGCCACCAUCUGCUGCGGAUCGUGUGUACUGCGCUACUGCUGUGCGGCGUCUGAUGCCAGGCUGGAGCAAGGCGGCUGUACCAAUGAUCGGGAGCUGGAGGACACCGGGGUCACUGCACAACCAGUUUAUGUUCCAUUCCUCAUCGUUGGGUCCAUAUUUAUUGCCUUCAUCAUUGUGGGUUCCUUGGUGGCCGUCUACUGCUGCACAUGCCUGAGACCAAAACAGAGCUCUCAGCAGCCAAUGAGGUUCACCUUGCGGACUUACCCCCCAGAGUCUCUUCCUAUGAUUCUCACUGGUACUGGCUUACGGACUCCAUCAAGACAGUCUAGCACUGCCACUAGCUCCACAUCUACUGGAGGAUCAGUACACAGACUCUCCUCUUCCCGGACAGACCCUGGCUGCCUUGUAACUUCACCACCUCCUCCAUACUCUUCUGCACACUCCAUCCAUCUGAAUCCAUCGUCUGCUUUUCUGGUCUCCACACAAUACUUCUCUUACCCACUCCAGGCAGAUGGAAACUCAAACAAAACCUGCCCUGAUUUCCGGCAGUAAGGACGACUGGUGAGCUGUGGGGCAUUUCUGCAAGACGACAAUUACCGUUGUUUUGGACUAAACUACAUUGUGUGACAAUGCUGUCAGAUGAAGGAGACUAGAUGAUGGACUUCAUCCCACAAAUGAAAAAUGACAAUUUGUGAUAUAUUAUACCUUUUAUUAAUUUCAAUCAUAUUGUGUCCAGAAAUGAAUAAACUGCUAGUAAUACGUUCACUAAAUGACACUAAAAGCCCAAUAAAAUGUACAUGCAUAAUAGCAGCAUAUAGAAGUAUGUUCAGUAAGUGCUAAACUGAACAUCAGGGCUUGGCUUUCUUCAGGGCAAGACAUGUAUGGAUCUGCUCCUCUGAGACCCUCACCUUACCCAACCUGGGACCUCGCAGCCUUUAUCCCAUAAUUUUCCAGAUUCAUCUUCACAAUCUGAGUAUACAAGCUGCAGAUUCCACUUCAACAGAGCAGCCCAUCAAUGCUCUUACCAAUCAAGUAAAUGGAGUCUAAGACACGCAUACAGUAUAUAGAUAAUGCAAUGAAUGCAUCAUUUGAAAAAUGUCAUGUGGGAGAAUGUGUUGCAUCAGGUGAGGUAUUGAGAAGAUCUAAGAUUUGUGGCAAACACAGGAGGAUAGGAAAGCAUGGAGUCAAUACAAGUUCACCAAUCCAGGUACACUACAGGUUUACUCUU